AUGUCCCCUACCAAACUGCAAACAGGCUUUCUAACCAAAGACUUCCUGAGAUUCUGGAUGGUUGACAUCUGCCGGGAGGGUCACAGAAAGAGAUCAUCUCCCCCAGAAGAGACACAAGGCACACUAGACCUGGCGCUCAUGGAAACUGAGGCUGGGACGGGGAGGGGAGAAGUCGUGCUGCACCUGAAGAGAGUGGGCUCGUCAAGCUCCUGGUUCUCUGACCUUCUCGGACGGAGAAGGCACAAAACGCAGGCCCAACCAAGUCUGCCCCUUUGUGAGGUACCCAAGAACCUGAACCUGAGUGGCUUAGGCCUGGGAAGUGCACGCAACUCAGGGCCCACUCCCUGGAGAGCAGCCUGGAGCCUGAGCAGUGUAGACGGGGAAAGCACACAAGCCGUGAGUGGGGGCAAACCCAGUGUGGCCGGAACACUGUGA